UUUUUGUUUUUAUAAAUAUUUGACACAAAUAAUUGCACGAAAAAAUAAAAAGAAUGUAAUGAUGAAGAAAGAAAGAUGUGAAUUGUUGUAUUGCUGUUCAUUGUUUUAAAUUAUUUUUGUCAUAUUAUUUUCGAUGGCAGCAAUAGUAGUAGAUCUUUACAUUCAUAUUUAAUUUGAUUAACCUCUAUGUGAAAUUAUUUUCACAAGCGUUUUUAGAAUUGUUUAAAGAUAUUCAUUCGUUCAAUAACAUUUGAGACUGUACAUAAGAAUUAAUAUAAAAAAAAAUUUUCCUAACAAGAUAUAAAUUUGGUUAUGAGAAUUUGUUUAAAAAGAUACAGAAUUCGUGUAAAACAGUUAUUUCGAGAGUGAUCCCUUUUAACCAUGAGUUCCGCAAUACAAAUAUUAUGGAAACAAGCAUUAAAAACAUUUGGCAGUAGAAGAAAUGCAGGUUAUAAACUAUAUCAACAAAACUUCGAUAAUUUGUGGAGUCUAAUCAAUAAAAUCACUGCAGAAGAUGUGAAGGUAGACAAACAAAUUCUUGAUUUUGUAAAGGUACAAUCUGCUCCGAUGUGCGUUAUUGUUGUUUUUGAAAAUAAAGAUAUGACUAUUGCAAUCUUUAUGUUAAAACAUGGUGUUACAAUGCCUAUGCAUGAUCAUCCAAGAAUGCAUGGCUUUCUCAAGGUAAUCAGUGGUACUGUUGAAAUAAACAGUUUUACUUUAAAGACCAAUGGUGAUCAUAUAAAAAUGAAUGAAGAAAUAAAAGCAUUUAGGCACAAACCUGUAAUACUCCACAAGAAUUCCCCUGCUUGUGUACUCACACCGCAGGAUAAAAACUUGCAUGAAAUUUCAUGCAUAGAAGGACCAGCUGCAUUUUUAGAUAUACUUAGUCCCCCUUAUGGUGUAGAUGAUUCUGGAAAAGGUCCUGGACCAUGUACUUUUUUCAAAACAGUUAAUUCCAAACCUUGCACAGAUUCAGGAGAUAUUAUUGAAGAAGUUCAAUUGGUAAUUACAGAAAAACCACCAGGCUUUUAUUCGCAUAAUCUCAAAUAUACAGGGCCACCUUUGAUGUGAUAAUGUAUACCUAUUUCUAUCACAUCUUUUAGUUUAUAGAAAUAUGUAUUUUUUACAUAUUAAUAGUAUUUACUUACAAAAGGGUAUUUGUACAAAUAUAAGUUAUUCAAUUUACAUUAUUGUAAACAAAACUAUUUUCAUUCAUUUGCAUUUAAAUGAAAUGUGUUUAUGUAUAUAUACAUAUUUAUGUCAAU